AUGAAUUCCAUCCGCAAAUGGGCAAGGAGAAAUAGAACUCCCCUUGCGAUUGGAUUUGGAGUGAUUGGUGUAGGCUAUGUCGCGACUCAAUAUGUGUUGGGAAAGAUAUCGGAUGCUCGACAACGCAUGAGUAGUGAUCGUAUAGCUCGAGAGAACCUACGCCGUCGAUUUGAACAAAAUCAAGAAGAUUGCACCUACACUGUCUUAGCCCUCCUUCCCACAGCCACCGAGAACAUUCUUGCAGAAUUGAAAACCGAGAGGAUCACGGAUGAGUUGCAACAGCAGAAAGCUGCCAAGCAGGCACGAAAUGGAGAAGGUCGUCGAUCAGAUUGGGGUUCCAGUCCUCCGAGCAUUACCGACGAUGAUGGUAGAAGUAUGGCAAGUUUCAGUGAUAGUGGAAUGCAUAUAAGUCAACUCGGCAUACCUUCAGGAUUAGAAUUGGGUAUAGAUGGAGCGCAAGAUGGAGGACAACAAGGGGAACAGCAAGUACAGAGGGUGAAAAGGUCAAAGAUGCAGUUGUGGAACGAUCUCAAGAUUAGUUCUAUCACGCGAUCAUUCACUUUGAUAUAUACGCUCGCUCUUCUCACACUCCUCACGCGAAUACAGCUCAAUCUCCUAGGACGUCGCAGUUACCUUUCGAGUGUAGUCUCUUUGGCUACAGGUGGCGUGGAGCAGUCAACGAUUAAUUUGGAGAACCACGAUGAUGAUAAUUCAGAGCAAGCAUAUGGGAACGAUUUCGAAACGAAUAGACGAUACCUUACAUUCAGCUGGUGGUUACUUCAUAGAGGGUGGAGGGAUGUUAUGUAUAAGGUCGAAGCUGCAGUGAAAGAAGUAUUCAGGGAUACUUCUAUCAGAGAAGAGCUUACCAUGGCCAAGUUCUCUGAGUUGACGCUCGAGGUUCGUAAAAAGGUAGAAGGGGCCACCCCCGAGGACAGACAGGCGUCUCGAUGGUUGCAGUACCUACUGCCACCAAGAGACCAAGAAGAUUUUGUAAUCAAAGAGUCUGGCAUGAAAACUAUGGAGCCUGAGACCCCUUCAUCCUCCCCUAUAUCACCUCUGAGACGGCUACUUGAUGAAACUUCGGACCUUAUCGACUCUCCACCGUUCUCACAUGUCCUCACUAUGCUUCUCGAUGCUGGCUUUUCAACUCUUGUUGAACAAAAGAUAGCCCAGCAAAGUUUCAAGAUUCCUUCUCAGCCAGAUGAUACUCGUUUUACGGAAGUCGUUGAGCCAAAACCGGUAAAACUUCCAUUAAUAUUGGCUGUCCUCACUAGACAGGCACAUUCUAUAGGCAACGGUGUGCCCAAUGAAUAUCUUCAAGCCAUGGAGCAGGUUAGGGAGUUGGAGGCUUUUGCUGCUGUGGUUUACUCUAGUCACGAGAACGAGAUCAACCCAGUCGAUGACUUUGGAAGUGCUAUAUUAGUGUCGAAGAAUGGCUUGGGCGAAUCCGAGAUCACUGCCGUGGCUUCUAGUGGCCAAGGCAGUCUCAUAGAUGUGGGGACCGCAAGCAGAUUUGAAAGUGCAUGGGGGAAAGCGGUAGAGCCUGCGGACAGGGCGAUAUAA